AUGUCUUUCGGCAGUCUUAGUUUCCGUAUUACCAAUUCUUCCACAGAGAACCCCUUUAGCGACUCUUUUUUCCUCCACCAAUAUGGCAUAUCUAUACCGGUUAUGACCUCGGUUUCUCAAUUCGUUUCGGUGUUGCAAAGGUUCAACAUCAAAGGUCCAGACAACUUUAACGAGGUGCAUCUGGAUAACCCUAUUUACUUCAAGCACAUCGGCCGCGGGGCGCAAUUUACCGUUUUCAAGCCCAUCUGGGGAGCAGCGAGUAACGUAGUAAUGAAGCGCGCAAUCCUCAACGACGCAGAAAUCACUGAACGAUCCCCUUUUCAGAUUAAAGAAGAUUUCCGAAGGCGAUUGAAAACUCUGGAGGUGGAAGUUAAAGCUCUAUGCCACGACAGAAUCCGCCAGCAUCCCAAUAUUGUCUCUCUAAAGGCUUGGGGCUAUGAUUAUCCAACUCGAGAUCCUCAGUUUCCUAGCCCGGUCCUCAUCGUUGAGCAAGCCGCCUGUACUCUCUCAACCCUCCUAAAGUCUCCGGAUAUAUUGUGCCAAAAUGGCCUCUCCACGAUGUCUAGAUAUCAGCUAUGCCUGGAUAUCAUGUCCGGCUUAGAGUGCCUGCAUCAAUGCAAUAUUGUCCAUGGGGACUUGAAGCCAGAUAAUAUUUUGAUUUUCAUGAGGAAUCACGACAAAGUCCCGUAUCUUGCUAAAUUAGCCGAUUUUGGGCUUUGCAUUACGAUAGAACCAAAGGAAGACCUUACGUAUUCGCGAUACCGUUCAACACCGGGAUGGCAGCCUCCAGAAAUAACAGACUUUAGUCUAAAAGGGUGUCGAGUGGGACCUGAACUACUAUACAAAUGUGACAGUUACUCGUAUGGCCUAGUUGCGUUAUCCACGUUAAUAUUUGAUGGGAAAUCGCCGCUAGGAGGCUCGAAUCGGAGAGGCACCGAUGCUAUACUGAUUGAGGCCUCAACUGCCAUCAGUCAGUGUAAAAGUACAUCACUGUAUGAAAGGGAGCUGCUAGAGAGGCAUUCGGGACGUAUUUUCGCGAAACUUCUUCCGGAAGAGCCACGCUGUCGGUCGCUAGCGUCAAUAAAGCUUCUGGAGGAUACGUCUUGCCGGGGAUAUGGUGAUUGGGUAACUGCUACCUCUACAAUGGAGUAUAAAGACUUGAAGAGAAUGGGAUCACCUGCUGGGCAAGACAAGUAUGUCUUUUGGACCAAGAUGGGAAGAGCUGUACUCCGACAGCUCAUAGAAGAUCACAAGACUACUGCUCCUAACACCCCGUCGCUCCAGCUAGCCGGCGAUGUUCUAUUUGGAAUGGCGAUAGGGUUUAUUCACAGCGCCACUUUGCAGCCAGACUUUCGCAAUCUUGCUAUGGAUUGUUGCGUUGCUGCCACCCGUGUACAUACGCCUAGUAGCGCUGCCUGCGAGGUAUUGCCCAGACUGGCGGCCGCUCUAAGGCCAGAGUGGAAUUUGGAGGCUGAAAUUGACGUUGAGGAUAUCCUUUUUAAAGCGGGCUGUGCGGGUUCCUGGUUUGCAGUGAGGCAGCUUGAAGAGGAGGGGAACCGCCGAUCAACUAGCUGUCGUGAGUUACAUAGAGGUAGCGGCGGCUAUAACGAGGAGCGCCUUGACUCUUUGGCGCGGGUUGCUGGCAUGGAAGCGUUCCCGGGAAUCUCGGCCGAGAACGGAUUCGUGAACAUCCCAAUGGUAGCUCUACGCGGCCUGAAGGCCGUCGAUUUUGCUCGGUCAUUCCCCCUCGAGCUUAGCAACCAACCGAUCGAUGAUGGCGGGAACACAAUACUUCACCUUGUCUCGAUGUUGGGUAGACAUGACCUAAUCGGCUGCAUUGUUGAGAAGGGCAAUGUCUCAAUUGACCAGGUUAACAAUGCUGGAGAAACACCUCUAUAUAAAGCCUGUGCAGAUGGAAGCGCAUUGACCGUUAGGAAGCUGUUAAAACUGGGAGCGGAUGCUUCUAUUAAUGAAAACCGAUUCGGAAUAUCCUGCUUACAUUGGUUAUUUCAGAUGGAGGAGAACGAAGCGGAAGAUAUCGCUGUAUUGCUAAUUCAGAGCGGUGGCUGUGUGAAUUGCCGGACUGAUUGGAACUCGAGAAGGGAUCGGUCUCUAACUAUUAGCACUGAUCAUUUCCCAUUUUAUUGGCCUCAUGGUACCCCGCUACACUGGGCAGUUCACGUUGGAUCUUUAAAGAUGGCGCAAAUUCUGCUUCAUCUAGGUGCGGAUGUGGAUGCAGGAGACGUACUCCCUUUGAACAAUGCGCAUACCCCUUUGAGUUCCGCCAUAUACCAGGGCGAUUUUGAAAUGGUAUCCUUCCUUCUGGAGCAUGGCGCCGACCCCAAUAAGGAGAUCAUAACAGGAACCACUGCGCUCCACUGGCUAACUAAAUCCUCUGCCUUUGGUGACUUGCUUCGAAGCAACUUCCUCCGCCACUGGGUUUAUCGUGGCGGAUGGGAAAGAUCACUAGGUAUAUCUCGGAAUUGUAUUUCAGUAUGCCGGAAAUACGGGGCGACUUUUGAUGGUAAGCGGCUUCUAAUUGACGCAGCGGACUCGGGUGACGGAGCUACUCUUAUUGCUCUAUUAGAGCUUGGCGUUACUCCAGGCUUAGUUGAUGACGCGAUAUCAUGGAAGAAAUCCGCCUUGCAUACUUGGUGCGGCCAGAAUCCACUCAUGACGACUUAUCCUGAUCAUUACUUUGAAGUCCUGACAGCUCUGAUCCAACGCACUGAUUGGGCAUCUCUAGACGAGCAAGCACAACACUCCUUAUUUCGUAGUGCUAUAGUGAAUGGCGGUAAAACAACAGUCGUCAAGAGGAUAGUCGCGAAUUUGCUACAAGCAGGUGGUCCAUAUUUGAGCAUCAAUGCCCUCGACGAAUACCAUUGCCCACCCAUUGCGCACGCAUUGCAAAAUGUACGAGAUGGUGGCCAAGAAAGCGUUGCUCUGACAACUCUAUUUCUUGAGUUAGGUGCUCAAAGGGUAUUCCGGGAUUCCUACAACAGGGACUUCCUUUGGUGGCUAACUAAUAAUUACUGCAUCACUGAUGCGCAAUGCUUAUUCCUCUUGCGACAGUACAUGUCCGGCUAUUCGACCCAAAGCCAGAAAGACAUGUUAGACCAGUCGAGGUGUUCAGUGACAGGUGUUACGGCGUUAAUGAAUUUAGCGAAAAAUUCUCUAGUAGAAUGUUUGAAAUUCGCGCUGGAUCUCCAAGUCGACCUAAACGCCGAAGACGAAAAAGGGAGGACGGCACUUGAUCACGCUUUAGAAUCGGGAAAUGCGGUGCGGUGCCGACUCCUGAGGAACUGGGCGAUGCAUCGAAUCGGCGAGCCAUCGGCCGAGGAUAAAUUUUCAGAGAACUUUCUGUUUGACGUGGAGACAGAGUGGGAAGAUCACUUUGUAAGAGGACUGGUUUCGAAUAGCAGGGAAAGAUACUUUGCAUACCCAAAUAUUAUUCGUAUCCUCGCUGACGCGGGAGCUAAGACCGGACACGGCUAUUGGGUCAGGAGUCCUAGGAGCGCCGAUAGGAACUUUGUUGAGCUUUACAAAGCGGACUGGUUCGUGAGGGACAAACAACCAUUUUACGAUCUAUGGAAGCCACUAUACGAACACGAUAAGUGGAUAUGGAUAUUGGUCGAUUUUUGCGAUAGGGUCUUUAAGAAAAUCCGCUCGUGCUUUUGGACACAGUCUGAUCCUGAUAGCACGUUGUUGUCUCGGUAUAUGAAAAAUGCAACUAUUGAAAGGCUACCUACAUCCUAG